AUGGCGGAAGAUGGCUCCCCUCCACAGUUCCUAGAGCCACCAACGAUCACCGCCCUCAAGAGUGAUGCCGGCUUCGGCGGCGAGGUUAACCGCCAUGCCAUGGAAAGGUCAUUCAGUCAAGACAUUCAAGAAGGCACACAAGAUCUGAAAGAGGCGGCCGAGCAGACACGGAAUAUUAUCCUCGACCUCGGUCUCGAUGGUCACAUACGAUGGGUCAGCCCGUCCUGGACCGACGUGGUUGGUACACACCUUGACGCGGUCCAAGGACACAAAAUUUCAGAGUUCAUCAGCGAUAACCCGGACAUCUUUGAUGCCGCAAUAGAGGCUCUGAAAUCCAAUGACUCCAAAAGCCAGUAUGUCAAGUUUGCCGUCAAAAUUGGCGAGUCCUCGGCCAUGGCCCCGAUGCUCGAAACAAGACACGGUCACGGGCUGGACGAGGACGAUGUUGAGGUGGACAAGACACAAUCAUCAACUUUGGAGCUAGAAGGGCAGGGAAUCAUGGUGUACGAUCGCAGUUCUGGAGGGGAAUCACAUUCCAUGUGGAUGUUGCAACCUGCACAAGACCCCGUGCGAAUUGAGAUCGCCCUUCCCCAAGCUCUGGUCGAUACGCUCGGGGUUGGUGCUGAGAUUCUGGCCAAAUACCUCACUGAGUUAGCGGAGGCCGGCGCUAAUGAUCCUGAGAACCACCCCCCUCCUCUGCCUAUUCUAUGCCGGGUGUGUGAACGCUCAAUCGUGCCCUGGUGGUUUGAGAAGCACUCCGACCUCUGCGUGCAGGAACACCGAGCUGAGCUCGAUGUCCAAAUGAUCCAGGAAAAUUUAGCAGAGCACCGCAACGCCAUAGUCAAGGUCCUGGACGCCUUCGAGGCUCGCCAGGGACGAACCUCUACAGACAGUUCCUCCGGCCAAGCGCCGACGCCUGAGUACAAGGGUUUGCCAAUUGGUCCAUCCCCAGUCCAGUCCUCUGCUGCUUCAUCGGCUGCUGCUUCACAUACAGCUAGCCCAGUAAGAUCGAGGAGCCCAUCUACCGCAGGUCUUGGCCACGCUCGCGCUCGUUCGUUCGUCGUGCGAAGACCAUUGGUUCGAGUUGUCGAAUUAAUCCUUGAUCUGUGUGACACUGCCAUUGAGAUCAAUGUACCUUCAAUCAAGGAUAGCAAGAGCAGCGAUGACGACGACGAAUUCAGGUCACAAUCACCCCAGUCAGAGUCCAGGAUAUCCCAGAUUAUGCAAUGGCAGGCCCCCAUCAGCUUAGAGAACGAGCCUGGCUUGGCCGCCCUGAGUGCUGAUACUGAAAAGCUCGCUCGGUCAAAGGUUGACGCUGUUCGUCGCCACCAGUAUGUUCUUGAGUACUCGGAACGCAUUCGGCAAGAAUACAUGGCUGAGGUCGAUGCCUGUAUCAAUGAAGCCCUCAUCAAAGCCGAACGGGUAGCUGCGGGAGAGACCUUAUCAAGCGACAGUGAAUCUGAAAUGGAUCCUGCACUUCAGGGCAUUAUUGAGAGCGCUGGAGAGGACGAACAACCUACGCCAUUGGCGGGAGAGCCCGAAAAUAGUCCAGCAGGAUCAUAUGUUGGAUUAAGAUCAAUGGCGUCGGCCCUACGGAAUCCCAGAGACAUCCCCUACAUUUCCAUGAAAGACCAGCGACGCUCUUCCUCACAAGCUGUGUCGACGGGUUCGAGCAGUCCAAUCGAAUGUCCCACUCCAAAAUCUCACAAAAGUAAUCUCAUAUCGCAACCACAGCCAGUCUCACAUAGGCGCUCCAUUCAUCUUGACGAUGCCAAUGACAGCGACGGCAGUCUACCCUCAUCAUCGAUCAUAUCGAACACCUGGAGGCCAGAGUCGCCAGCUUCCGUUACUGAACAUGGCCGGUCUGCCCAUUCACGAGACCGUAAGAGACGAAGCCUUCACCUCCAUGGGCUUAACUCGGCUUCUCCUCAUCGUCAACAAUCCCCCGGAAGAUACCCGCCACCUCCACCUUCACCCCUUCGCAUGACGAAGUCAAGAAUUCCAAGCGGGGAGAUUGCCCAGUCGCCUGUUGUGUCCCCCUUACUCACAGCUGGCGAGUACAUGCCCCCAGCCCCGGGCCCCCGGCUGCACAGAAGACAAUCAUCGAUACAUUCGGCUGACAAGACACCCUCUUCACCCCAUCUGAACUCGAUAAGCCAUCCUCAGCAACGUGCGCAACCUCCCUCAAUAAAAGAUUUCGAGGUUAUCAAACCGAUCAGCAGAGGUGCUUUUGGCAGCGUGUAUCUGGCAAAGAAGAAAAUUACCGGAGAGUACUUUGCUAUCAAGGUGCUCCGCAAAUCAGAUAUGGUCGCUAAGAAUCAAGUGACCAAUGUCAAAGCGGAGCGUGCCAUUAUGAUGUGGCAGGGCGAGAGCGACUUUGUGGCAAAGCUGUACUGGACCUUUUCGAGCAAGGACUUCCUUUAUCUGGUGAUGGAAUAUCUCAAUGGCGGUGAUUGUGCUUCGCUGGUGAAGAUUCUAGGAGGCUUAAGCGAAGACUGGGCCAAGAAAUAUAUUGCUGAGGUCGUUCUUGGAGUAGAGCACUUGCACAGUCGGGGAAUUGUCCACCGUGACCUGAAGCCUGACAACCUUCUCAUCGAUUCCAGGGGGCAUUUGAAGCUGACUGAUUUUGGUUUGUCUCGGAUGGGACUCAUUGGCCGGCAAAAACGUGCUCUCAAGCAACCCGAUGAACCUGCCCCAGACUUGUUGAAGCAAGGCCCCUUUACACAAUCUGGCACUGGGUCGGGCUCGAACCCUACUUCGAGAUCUGCUUCCUUCGAUUAUGAGGGCCCACAUUCGCCUGCGUCUACACCAUUGAUGACACCAGCUCUGGCGGGGGGCCUCGACCAACCUUCGUAUUUCAAUCUAAAUCGAGAAAGCUCCCUUACCAGAGAGCUGUCCUGGAGCAGAGGUGGUCAAAGAAGCGACAGUGGCAGCAGUUCAACCUUCGAUCUUCAUCAUCUCUUCAAGAAAUUAGGCGUACACGAGAACAACGACGUUGCAUCUCAGCCGGUGCUCCGCUCUCAUGCUGUGGACGAAGAGUCCUACAGUGUGGGGAGCCAAUCGCCGGACAUCUUUCCACUAUCUCAAUCACUGAGUAACAUCUCCCAACCACCGCCACCACCCGCCUCCUCGCAAGUCCUACCUCCUUUGUUUGAUGGCGAAGAGAGCGGCAGAAAAUUUGUGGGAACACCAGAUUAUCUGGCGCCAGAAACGAUCAAUGGCACUGUUCAAGAUGAGAUGUGUGACUGGUGGGCACUGGGAUGCAUCAUGUUUGAAUUCCUCUACGGCUUUCCCCCCUUCAAUGCGGAUAGCACUGAAGAAGUGUUUGACAACAUUUUAAACAGAAGGAUUGCUUGGCCAGAGGAUGAUGAGAUUGAGGUCAGCUCUGAGGCAAAGGACCUUAUCAACAAACUGAUUCAGCUGGAUCCAGCUGACCGCCUUGGGGCUAACAAAGAAGAAAUCUAUCCAAGCGGUGGUGCCGAAAUCCAAGCCCAUCCUUGGUUUUCCGAUAUCAACUGGGAGACGUUACUUGAAGAUGAGGCUCAAUUCAUUCCAAAUCCCGAACAUCCAGAAGACACCGAGUACUUCGAUGCUCGUGGGGCGACUCUCUCCUCGUUCCCGGAAGAGCUCGAAGAUCAGGUCUCUCCCUCCGGAACAACACCAAAUGGACCAGAUUACCCAAAUCGUCCCCAUGAUGCGCUUCUUCGAGUGAGGACGCAGGCAGCUUCCUCUAAACGAGGUCUCAUGCCUCUCCAUAUUCCUCCUCACGUAGCACGGGAUUCUCGGAGUCGACGAUUGAGUGAGCCUGUGAUCGCGGAUGAUUUUGGAAAUUUCACUUUCAAAAACCUGCCAGUCUUAGAAAAGGCGAACAAAGAUAUUGUGGAGAAAAUGCGGAAGGAGGCAAUGCAAGCCCAAGCUCGUGGAUAUUCACAUUCGCAAGCUAUCUCUGUGGCUAACAGCCCUGCUGUGGGUUCUCCUGCCCCUUCGUUGGAGGGGAGCCCCAUGAUGCCAAUGCCCGUGAAACGUGCUUUAUCCAUCAGCAAAGGCCAUCGACCAGGCUCGCCUUCUAGCUUGGGCGGCACUUCGAACUCAUCACCCAGCAGACCUUCUCAGCCUUCGUCGCCGCUCCUGGUCCAGUUCUCCGCUGCACAGCAUCACGAGAGGAGGAAGACUUCUGGUUCAUCCCAAGGAAGCAGCUCUUUAAACCCUGGAAGCUUCUUUGACAUACCUCAUGACGCUGUCCGCCACAAUGGUCAGAUUUCAGCUUCGCCAGUAAAGACAGCCCGCGCGCCGACAGUUUCCCCAGCAAAAGUCAUGAAUCCGCCUCAGCGACAAUCCAGUGCCAGUACCACUGGGCGCACCCGAUCACAGACAGUUGGUUCUCAGGAGAGCGACGGUCAGUCAACGAGAGAUGGCUUCAUCCCCGGGCAUUACAAACGAAAGAGCCAAUUGCUCGCGCGAGACGUGUCGCCCUCGUCUUCAGACAACGAGUCGGCUCAAGCUAAAGCACUGCUCAAGGUGCAACGCCGGAGACAGAGUUCGAGACGAAUGUCACAAAUCAAUUUUGUUGAUGGCCCUGUUUAUCGUCCGCUGGAUGUCUUGAUCUGUGAAGACCACCCUGUCUCUCGGAUGGUCAUGGAAAGGCUCUUGGAGAAGCUUCGAUGUCGGACUGUGACAGCUACUAAUGGACCUGAUGCUCUGCGACUAGCAGUGAGUCAGAUUCAAUUCGAUAUCAUCUUUAUGGAGUUCAAGCUCCCCCUUAUCAACGGUGUCGAUGUUGCUCGAAUGAUUCGAGACACGAAAAGCGCCAACACACAUACCCCUGUUGUGUGCAUCACAGGCUACCUCAAAGAUUUGCCCGAAGCCCACCAUUUCGACACUCUCAUGCAGAAGCCGCCGACGUCCCAAAAACUGUCAGAGAUGCUCUGCAAAUACUGCUCAUGGAAACCUCCGCCGAAAGACUUCAAACUUGCUGCUCCGCUCCACAUUCCGCCCAUCAAUCCCCGGGUUGAACAUGCACAUACUCAAGACAGCCCAAGCUCUGUAGCAUCUAGCCUUGCACCGACGAUGCCUGACUCAUCAUACAAAGGAUCGGCUCGAGAAGAUUCGAUUGGCAGCGGCGGAUUCUUCAGUGAUAUUGAAUCCUUCAAGAGUGACGACAUUCCUGUCAUCGUGUCUCGAGCUGCUACAGACGAGUGGGCGAAGGGCGGGCUGGGUAUCUCUGAUGACAUUGUCAUCGGACGGAAGCCAUACAUACAGAGCGGGUUCCCUCACCUUGUUCAUACCGAGUCCGCUCCCGCAAGUGCACACGUCGAAGAGCCUCCAGGAUUUGGACUUCGUACUCCACGGCGCCAGAAGUCCUCCGAGAUAGUCAAGCAGAAGAGAGACAGGCUGGAAAAAAACAUGCAGAAUCCGAGUGGCGCUGCUGAAGAGGGGGACGAUGAGGAUGAAGAAUUGGGGGACGUCCAGGCCCGUUCUCGUUCACCUUUGAGCAAAGCCGGCCGACCAACCUCCAAGCUCGGGAUUGAAAUGAUGCGUACAAACAGCCGUGGAAGCGUCAUCUCGAUGACCGACGACAAGUCGGGCGAGGCUGAUAACCUCCGGCAAUCCUUGGAGAUUCUGGAAGAGCGCAUGGAAAGUUUGACUAUACCCGAGGAACCAUCUCAAGCUGCCAUUGUUGCCAGCCAACCUCGGAAAAGUCUAGAAAGAGCGGCUUCUUAUCACUCUCACCCUGAACAAGAGUGCGAACGUCGUCCUAGCCAUGGACAGAUCACCCCACCGGUUAUUUUUCCUCGCAAGCCGGGAGCACAAGUCGCACCCAUCGAUGCCGGCGCUGAGGUAACACCUACCGCAAACAGAACGCUCGAUAAGGAGGAAGAAGAAGCUACGCCGAAGCCACUGGGUAGUCCUUCUGGAGCUUCCCUUUCACGGACCAUUAUCGAUGAUUGA